AUGAAGGCAUCCGUCACUACCGUCGUUCUCCUCGCUGGGCUUGCCGCCGGCGCACCCACUAGAACCAUUCAUUCCGAGCUUGAGAAGCGUCAGUUCGGCACCGGCACCGAUGGACUGAGUGCUCUGGCCUCUCUUUUCCCUAUACUGGGUGGUGGCGGCUCUUCCACUUCGUCUGGUCUUGGUGCUCUGGCCUCGCUYAUCCCUACUCUGGGCGGUGGCGGCUCUUCCACCUCUUCUGGUCUUGGUGCUCUGGCCUCGCUCAUUCCUWCUCUGGGCGGUGGCGGCUCUUCCACCUCGUCUGGUCUUGGUGCUCUGGCCUCGCUUAUCCCUUCUCUGGGUGGCUCCUCCUCGUCUGGAAGCGGCUUCAGUCUUCCGGGACUCACCUUGCCCACGUCCAUCCCCGGCCUGGGCAGUCUAGGUAGCCUGGGAAGCUCCGGCUCCUCUGGCCUUUCGGGACUGAGCGGCCUCAGCGGGCUCAAAGGGCUGAGCGCAAGCACCACUGCCUCCAGCGCCGAGGCAACCAGCAGCGCUACCGCCGCCGCCAGCUCCAAUUCCAACUCAGGCGUCGCCCUCUCCGGCCUCCUCGGUGAACACAUCGCUAAACGCGACCUCCUAGGCUCCACCGAAAACGGCGUCACAAACAAAGACGCCUGCCAGCCCCUCACCUUCAUCUUCGCCCGCGGUACCUCCGAACUAGGCAACAUGGGGUCGAUCGCCGGGCCCCCCGUCGCAACCAAGCUCCGCUCCCUGCUCAACAACAAGGUCGUCGUCCAGGGCGUCGAUUACCCGGCCUCUAUCGAGGGGAACGCCCUACUCGGCGCCGCGGGCGGACCCACCAUGGCCAACCUGGUGAAGCAGGCGCUGUCGCAGUGUCCCAGUACCAAGGUCGUGGUGGGCGGCUACUCGCAGGGCGCGAUGGUCGUGCACAAUGCGGCGAGCUCGCUGGCUGAGGGCCAGAUUGCUGCGGCGGUGCUGUUUGGCGAUCCAUUCAAGGACCAAGCUGUUGGGAAGGUGGCCAAGGCGGAUGUUAAGGAGUACUGUGCGUCUGGGGACCCGGUUUGCCUAAAUGGGGUGAAUGUUCUGGCGCAUCUGAGCUAUGGGGAUGAUGCGGCCGAGGCGGCGCAGUUUUUGGUUACGGCUUCGGGGGUUAAGGCUUAG